AGUAUACGUUGUAAACAAACGUGUAGAUCUACCAUACCCAUGAUACCGGUAAGCAGCUAGCAGAAAUUCGAUUCCCGGACAAUAUUUCACCGAAAAGUGUUUCUAGGUCCAUUGACUGUGAAAAACACACCUUGAAAAUGAUGAAAAAUCGCUUUAAAAAAGGAAAACACAGAAAGUUCCAAGAUGACUGGGAGAAGUCUCAUGAGCCUGUUGUAGAGGGUGUCACUUUCUUUGUCAAGUAUCUUGGUGUGGAGAUUGUCAAUUUACCCAAUGAUGAAACGCACACCUCAGAAGCCAUAAAAAAGAUCAUUCACAGGGCAAAGUAUGGAUCAGGCAAGGUGAGGAAAGUAGCGUUGACAGUGACUCCAACAUCACUCAAACCUACAGAUUUAGAAACAAAUGAGGAAUUAGAGGAAAUAGUCAUUCAUAGGAUAUCCUAUUGUACAGCAGACAAGAACAAUGACAAAAUCUUUGGAUUCAUCUCAUGUCACUUCAGAACAGAGGUCUUAGAAUGCCAUGCCUAUUUAUGUCAGAAAAGGAAAGUGGCAGAAGCCCUAGCCCUGACAGUAGCGCAGGCAUUCAAUCUGGCUUUUGAUGUGUGGAAGAAAAGCAGAGUGGAGAAGACAAGCACUGGCUCAGAGGAGAAAGAUGAAAGCACAUCAGAUGACUGUGGUGAAUUAUCAGAUACAGGUUCACCACAUAGAAAGUCAGCACCUCAAGCUAUUCCAGGUUGUGAUUCUACUUCAAAUGGAUCAAGAACUCAAAACCAUUGGUCUUCAGAUGCUUCAACACCUUCAUUACAACCCCCUCCUAUGUCUGUCUGUAACAAAAUAUUAACGGUUCAAUGUGAUACUUCUGUCAUCUCGUCCUCCGCACCACCUUCCACUGUCACAUUUGAGAAGCAUCGGCCUCAGCCUCUAGUUUUCAACAGUCACAUUCAUCUUGAAGAUAGCAACAAACAUGCUCACCAGGUGGCAAAUUCUUGUUCACAUAUUGGCGUAGAAGAUGAUCCAGACUUAGACGACUGUUUUUCAAAAUUGGCUGAAAGUAGAUCCAACCCUGGUCUUCUUGAUAUUAAUGUAAGACGCUCCCAAUUCGAUGCUGAUGUGAUUGUUCACUUCUCUGGUACAAACAUGGACCGGGAUACUUUACUAAAAUCACAGUCUAAAGAUUCCUUCUUCUUACCAGAAUCACAAGAUAACCUCAUCGUUGGUGACCUUUGAUCUUGGCUUCAAUAGUUUCUACAUACACUAUAGAAGAGGUUUGAAUUCCAUUUUUACACAAGCU